AAGAUUCAUUGAAUAUAUUAUUAACAUAUAAAGUUAAAUACCUAAAACAAUAGUUGUACUAUCUAUUACUAAAUCUUGUGCAAAGUAUUACCUAUUGAUUCCAUAUUUUAUGUGUUGUUAAUCUAACAAUCUCUUUUCAUACGUAUAUUGAUUGUUUACUAUCAUAAUGUCUAUGGAAGUAAAUUCAUCUGAUGAAGAAUCUAUUCCUGAACAUGAUUUAUUACUAUCUGUGUUUAAUGGUUAUUGCAAAAUAAAUUUAGAAGUCUCACAAACCAGUUUAUUUUACACCAAAGAUAGUUUAUUACCUAUAAAUGCACAAGCAACGGACAUUUGUGAGUUUGAGAAUAAUACAGUUGACAAUAUAGCUGAUAUUUUCAAUAAUAUUACAAUCAGUGAAAAUGCAGAAGAAUCAGAUGAUGACCAGUUACUUAAUCCAUCUAAAAUUAUAUCUGCUGAUGAGUUUCACUGUAAUUCUUUAGAAGAAAACGAUGAUAAUAAAUGUAGUUUGUCGCCUAAAAGCAAACAAAACAAAAACGAAAGCAACAAAUACACUACAGUUGAUAAUCAAUCCUUAACACAUACAGAUCUGAAUGUUUCUGCUUCUAUAAAUUUUAAUGACCAGUACGAAAACGAUAAGUUAGAAGAUGACUUGCUACAUGGCCUGCAAGAUCAAGUAAUUCUUUAAUACUUUAUAUAAUAUACCAAUUUUAGUUAAUUAAAUAAAAUAAAUUUAAUGAAUUCUUCACACUCUUCAAUUUCAGUCUUAUAAAAGUGUUUUUUCAUAAAUAAUAUCUAUUAAAUAUAAUUGACUUUAUAUCUGUUAUCUACUACGUAUUAUUAUUUUUUUUAAUAUUCACUUCUAAUAUCUGAUAUACUUAAGAUUGUAUACUAUCUUUUUUCAACAAAUACACUUUCUUUAUAUCACUGUUGUAGUAAACCCAUUUAAUAUAUUAUUACAAGCACGUCAGGAACGAUAUCUACCUCAAUAAUAUACUAUCCGAUAGUCGCAGGGGACCUCAACACGCACUAACCAUCUUCUUUUUCUUUAUUGUUUUCCUUAUUUACUACUAACCUUCAGGAAGCACAUAGCGACGGUUUGGGUUCCGUAUAUAUAUGGCUCCUGAUGUACACCUAAAGGGAAAGCAGUUACAGAAAUUGGAUCAUCACCACUACCUCACGUUAAGUUGGUCCAUGUUCAUGCACUUACGGACGAACCUCUGGUCCAUUUUUUUUUUUUAAUUAUAUGAGUUGUACCAAAUAAAGUUUUAAUUGUAUUAACUUCUAACCGUGUUUAUUAUCUACAUCCAUCUCCUUUCACCAACAAAUGUCGGCAAAGGUCCGUCAUUAAAUAAAUUGUAUGAGCACAGUCGCAUCAAGCCCUGGGCUCACUACACUGUCCCUUAAUUGUACUGUUAUUUUGCAAAUAUAAUUUACCAUACACAGAAAAAUCAAAUAUUAAUAUUUCCUAAUCAUACAAUUUUUUAUUUAAUUUUUUUUAUAAUGUAUUUUACUAUAAAUGCCUAAUUAUUAUUUUUUGAAUUUGUUUUAUAGGAGCAUAAAAGAAAACCAAUUACACAAAAUUUGGAUACUGUAGUGUCUCUUACUUCCCAAAUAAAUGAAAAUGAAUUGAAUUCACAGUGUCCUAUAUGUUUUGGGACAUUUCCUACAUUAGAUAUUGAGGUAUUUAUUUAAAUUAAUACAUACAGUAGAAGUUUGGCUUUUGGGUUCAAAAAAAAAGUCAAAGUAUCGAAAAACCAGUAUCAUAUUUUCUCUUACCCUUCCUUACUCGAUUCAUGUUAUGCAAUCAGAGUACUCAUUUUCCAUUUUCCAUUAUAUGCGAGAUUUCCUUUCAUGGAAAUUUUUACACACGUCUAAUGGCUGCUGCAAUAUGCUUUCAUUAUCAAUACAGCGGUGUCAAAAUAUCGAAAACAUUAGAUAGGUUAUUAAUUUGUAUAGCCACCUUAAAUGUCAGUAAAUAAUUAAAAUUUCGAUUUUUGAAUUUUUUUACCGCUUUUCGUGAUACUGUGUGAUUCUACAGCUGUACAAUCGCUGUUUUUAUUUACAAUUUUAUGUAAUAGUUUGUAGCGAAGGGACCAAUUAUACAUAGCUUAUUACAUAAAAUAUUAUGCAUCUUUAUUUUAAUUUAAUAUUCUACAUUAUUUUAUACAAUGUGAAAGGAAAUCUUAUAUAUUAUCACGGAAAAUUGAAAAAUGGGUAUUCUGACUGCAUAACAUAAAUCAGUUAAGGAAAGAAAAGAGACAAUUUGGUGGUAGUUUUUCGAUAUUUCGACAUUUUUUUUUUUUGAACCCAAGAACCAGACUUCAACAGAAUAUUCUUUAAUCAAGGUGAAAUGUUUCAUUAAACUAAUUGUUUCUAAUAGAUGGUUGGUUAUUUAUGGUGAUAGCCGAUAGGUAUAUUACUAAGUACUCAGGUAUGGAGUACUUCUUUGAGCCAUUAUUUUAUAUCUUAUUUGUUUGUGAGAACUUUUAAUUUAAAUUGCAUAUAGUCAACAUGAUUAUUGACAAAAAUAAAAAUAAGGGAUUUACAAUUAUACAAUUAAUAAUAAUAUAUACAAAUACAAUUAUGUUUAUGUAUAAUUUGUUUAAUAAUGUAAAUGUGUUAAGCUAAAAAAAUACAUUAAAUGUAUUAGAACUAGCUUGGGUGGUCCAAAGAGAAAAGAAAACUUUUAAUCAAUAUUUAAUAUAAAAUUGUUUAAUAAUUAUUAUUACAGAUGCAUGCUUCAAGGUGUAAUCCAUUAUAAAACAAACAAAUUAGAACUACAAGAUUUAUGGGUCAACAUGUUUUUUUACUGAAAUAGUUUUAUAAUUUUUUUAAGUGAGAUAAUACGUAACUAAACAUACAUUAUUACUUAUUUGCAAUAAAUUGAAAUAUUAAAAAAUUGCCAAUUCUGUGUUUAAAUUUAAAAGAUAAGAAAAUAAAAACCAUAUACAAAAUUAUAUUAGUUAUCAAAUUGUACACUAAAUUAUUAAUUGUUAGAUAUAUUAUAUAAAUCUUAAAUCUUCAUUGUCAGUUAAUAAAUCUUAUAUAAAUAACAUUUGGUCUUUUAAUACUUCUAUUACAUUAUUUUUUUCUUCUAAAAUCAACUAAUAAUAUAAUAAUAAGUUAUGAUUAUACUUAGGAAAUUUAUUAUAUUUUCAACUUUUUGUUUUGUUUUAAUUCAGUUAAGAAUAUGUGUAGAGACUUGAAGAGGUUGCUUUUUCUAGAUAUGGUAAAAUUUUCAAAAAGUUGUAACCAUUUUCAAACUAUGUUACACAUUUUAAUAUUAUGAAGUUUUUUUGUGUAUUUUUUUUUUGUAGGUACUUUUCUUAUACAAUUGUUAAAACAAAUAGAAAUACUAGGAAAUUUAACAGGAGGUUCAUUAUAAGUCAUACUUUUUGAUAAAAAUAAAAAAAAUUGUAAUGUAGAAUUUUUUCAUUUAUAAGAAUUUUAAUAUCAAAGUUUAAAGCAACACUAUUAACCGAACUCCACUCUGGGCUUUGAGGACUCAGCCUCCUAAACAUUUCAAUAGCCUCCACAAAAUCCUUCCAAGUUUUUUCUAAUUUUUUAAUAAUUUAUGAUGUAGGGUAAACAAUUUGUUUGAAUAAAUAAUAAAUUUACCAUUGGAGAAAAUUAAAUGACAAAAAUUGAAAAAAAUUGUGACGGUUUUACAGCAAUCAAACAAUAUACAAGUGUACAGUAAACACUAUCUUACUAUGUAUUAGUUUUCGUAUUUUUAUGAUAGCAUAAUUCAUGAUUGCACAAAUUUUAUUUAUCAUGAUAUUAUUUAUGAAUUAUAAUAAUAUUGUAAUAUUGUACAUUUUAAUUUGUAGCUAUCAUAAUAUAUAAGUACAAUAAAUAAGUUGCAUGUCCCAAUAAUGGGUUGCAUUGCAGUCUCACUGGGUGUGUAGUGGGCUAUGCAUUUUUUUGAAAUGAAAGAGUGAUAAAUAAAAAUAGAAUAUCCGUAAAAUCCAAAUUAAACUGCAAGUCAGUAGAGUCAUUUCAGUUUUUAAGAGUGAUGGUCAAAUUUUGACUUACCCAAGGUAGGUAGUAAAAAGGUGGACAAAUGAUAAAUAAUCAUUAUUUUAAAAUAAAACUAUAUAAAAAUAUGUUUAUUUUCAUAAUAUAAUUGGCAUAUUAAAUAUUUAUUAACAAUACCUACCUAUGUCUACCCAUAAUAAUUAUUCGAUCAAAAUAUCAAAUAAAUUACUAUAAAUUAUAAUAUUAGUGUACAGUGAACACCUAUAAAUGAAUGUACCUAUUACCUUCUUAUUAUUUAAUUAAUUUAAUGUAAUAACAAUAAAAUAAUAUACCUAGGUAAUAAGUAAUGACCUAUUAAUUGAUUUCAUACUUUCAUCGUCAUUUAUUUAAAUUCAUUAGGUAUACAUCUCUAUAAUUCAGUAAUCACGUGCUAUAUGCUCGACAAAGUUUGUUUUUAAGAAAUAAAAUAAUAAUUCAAUACAGUAGGCAGCUCUAUAGUCAGCUCAGAAACGUGAAAAAGCCGUUCGAACAUGAACGAUUUUGGCUCAAAUACCUACUAAUAAAAACCUUUAAGCACGAUAAUCGUUGGCUCGCGGUUUUUGCGAGCGAAAAAAUUCAAACCGAGUCGCUCAGGGCUUAGCUCACCGUUUACACACGCGAGUUAACAUUUAAGUGGUUUGCCUCCGCACAGUUUGACAAAAAAAUAAGGUACUAUCGUUAUAGGUAUUAAGUAGAUAUCUACUCUUAAGAAAUUUAAAUGUAAUGUCCAGUUUAUUGAAUGGUACGAGUUUUAUUGCACGAAAAUUCAAAAAUGUCGAUUUCCGAUACGAAUAGCAUUUGCUACAGGUCCAUCUCCUUGGCACCCAUAAAUAGUUGGUUAAAUCUCACCUUCCCUACUACCCAUUUAUAACAGUGACCGCGCUCGUCCCUAGUUCUUUUUUAAAUGUUAGCCGUAACUGUGGUUAAGGCCAAAAAUGAGUCUCACCUCUGAACAAAAUUUUGAUCGAAAACAGUGGAUUUUGUUCAAACUUUUCAAAAACCCAUACACUGAAAAGGUGACGAUUCGGAAGGUCGGUCGGCGUCAAUAAUGUCAAACAACACUAAACAAAAAUACCACGACAGUUAUACGACUUACGUGUUAUCUGUCAUAAAAUACUAUUUAAAAAUAGUACCUUUAAAUGACCAUUAUGACUUAUUAUGAAUUUCGUGUUAAAUUUUAAAGUAUUUCUGUUCAAUCUAACAGUUUUGAUUACAAAUUUAAAAUGUAAAAAAGUUAAAAACUUUUAUGAUUUUAUGUUAAAAUAUUAUUUAUUAUUAUGCUUCAUUAUGGCUAUUUAGAUUUAAUACGUUAGAAUAACAAUAUGUUAAUUGAAUCCUAAUGAAAAAUUUGUAUGUAUUAUACACGAGAUUAUAAUAUUAUAAUAUAAUAUUUUAAAGUAAAUAAAUUAUGUGCUUACUUAUUCAAAAUUUUAGUUAUGGAUAAUUUAGGAAUCAUUGGGUGUC